ACUAGUGAUAUUAGUCUAGGUCGAGCCAACUUACACAUGGUUGAAUGAAUAAAACACAUAUUAUACCGUAUCCGAAAUUGAUGGUGGAAAAGAUGUGACUAUUUUGAAUGACCACAAAUGGUCCAUAAACAUGCUGGAUUUCUCUUCUCUUCUCACGUACGAUUGCCGACAAACUUCAAUCUUUGUUAAGUUCAAGUGCUACAUUCACCGAGAUCGAGAACAUAGAAUACAAAAUUAUCUCGUUUGGUUAAGAGCUCCCUUAAUUUCCUUAUGUUGGUCAAACAAAACAACUAUUCUUUAAAAUUAGAUGGUAGACUGUGGGAACCAAAGUCAAGGUCAGUCAACGCUGAAGCAAUUUAUAAGAACUCACUCAAAAACAUCCUCUGCCACUGCCAAAUCGCUCUGAAGAUGAAGAAAAUGGAGUCCGAUCCAAAUCCAUGCUUCUCCCUCUUCCUUCUGAUCAUCCUUCCGACACUUUUCGCCGCCGCAGCCGCCGCCGCCGUUUCAGGUUGCCCAGUGAAUUUUGAAUUUGCUAACUACACCAUCAUCACAAGCAAGUGCAAGGGGCCAGAAUAUCCAGCCAAUCUUUGCUGCUCAGCUUUAGCAGAAUUUGCUUGCCCUUACGCCAAAUAUCUCAAUGAUUUGAGCAAUGACUGUGCUUCAACUAUGUUCAGUUAUAUUAACCUUUAUGGAAAAUACCCAUCUGGCCUCUUUUCCACCCUCUGCUCCAAUGGAAGCAAUGGCCUUCAAUGUCCAACUUCUUCGCCAAUUCUUGAUACUUGCCAUGUGCAAAGGGUAAGUAUCUCCCACGUUCAUCCUUUGUGAUUCUGACUUUGUAUGUUCCUGUUUUAGUUGGUGUUACGAUUCUCGAAAAAGUGUGGGUGUAGAAGUUCAAAGUAUGAUCGAGUUAUACAGUGGCGAAUCCAUAAAUUUUUUACGAGUGCGUAGUUUCAAGAAUUCAUGAAAGUAUGAUUUUAAGGCUGUCAAAGCCCUUUUU